CGGAAAAACAAAAAAUGAAUUACAACCGUCGAUCUGAGAGAGAAACCAUCACGAGCCUAAUCGGAAGAUGGCGAUUUUAAAUGCGAUCGAAACCGCCAUUAACGAGCUUCUAUGUUUGCAAAUCCGUCGCGGUGGAUUUCUGUAAACGUAUUUGGGCUCUUCUGAUGGCGGAGCAAUCACCACCGGUCGCUGAAACGCCGUUGCUCGAUUCGAAUCACGAUCAAGAGCAACCUCCGCCGGUGAUAGACGGCGGAGGAGGAGGAGAGGGCAUCGGCGACGAAGACGACGACCUUGGGGAAACGCUGCAAUGGCUUGAGAUGUUACUGAUGCUCCUUGGGUUUAACCAAUCGUCUACACGAAGCCUUGUCUUGUCUUGGAUCGUCUUUUUGACGAUCGGUUUGGUUCUUCCGGUGACUGUGCUGGAGCUCGGGCAUUGUUUGGGAUGUGAGAAAUACCAGUACAAGAGUUUCGAGCUCAAUAUCGUUGUUUCGCAGGCGUGUUUAGCUGGUGUCUCUCUCCUUUGCGUUUCUCACAAUUUGAGAAAGCAUGGCAUUAGGAAGUUUUUGUUCGUCGAUCAACUCAGUGGCCGAAUGGGACGGCUCAAGGCUCUAUAUAUUCAGCAAAUCUCGAACUCUGUGAAACUGCUUGCAUUUUGGUCGCUUCCAUGUUUUGGAUUGAAAGUUGUUCGAGAGAUCAUACGGAUGUUAUAUGUGCCUCAUGACCAGCCAUGGCUAUCUUUUUUAAUUCUCUUAUGCAUGAUCUUGUCAUGGACUUACCUAAGCACUAUAUUUCUAGCUGCUAGUGCCAUGUUUCAUUUGGUCUGCAACUUGCAAGUCAUUCACUUUGAAGAUUAUGCAAAGCAAUUAGAUGGGGAGUCUGAGAUCUCUCUCUUCAUCUACGAGCACAUCCGUUUGCGACACUAUCUUUCCAAGAUAAGCCAUAGGUUCCGCAUCUUUCUGCUUCUACAGUUUCUGGUCGUCACAGCCAGCCAGUUUACUACACUUUUCCAGACCACUGCGUAUAGCGGUCGUAUCACAUAUAUUAACGGUGGUGAUUUUGCGGUCUCCGCGGUAGUACAAGUUGUUGGAAUAAUACUGUGUCUCCACGCAGCAACAAAGAUAUCUCACAGAGCUCAAGCGAUAGCAUCAGUUGCAAGUAAAUGGCAUGCGAUAAUGUCUUGCUCAUCAACAGAUUCAACUCAAAUAAGGACUUCUCCUAGUGGAGUUCACUUGGAGGCCACCACGAAUCCACCAAUCUCCUUUCAGAUUUCCAAUUCAGAAAGUGAUGUGGAAUCAAUGGAUCACUACAUGAGGAUGCCUGCUAAUAACAACAACUUUCCUUCAUACAUGUCCAUGUCCUCGUAUCACAAAAGACAAGCUUUCGUGUUGUAUUUGCAGAUGAAUCCAGGCGGGAUAACGAUAUUCGGGUGGACAGUAGACAGACAUCUAAUAAACACAAUAUUCUUCAUUGAGCUCUCUCUAGUUACCUUUGUACUUGGGAAGACUGUAGUUUUCAGUUCUGAGUGACAGAAAAAAAAAGGGUUUGGUGUCUCAUACCCAGGUUUACCCUUUUUGCUAUAUAGUGAAUUUUGCAAUUGAUAGGAGAAGAAAGAAACUUGUCAUGACCUUCUCUUAAUUUGAGUGUAUGAUAAAUAAGCUUAUUGACGAGGCC